UGAUAGAAACUAAGGAAUCCCAUUGAUUAAGAGACCAAAAAGAAGCUUAUUAGUGAUUGAGAUGAAAAUUCUGUGUUGAGGGGGAGGAUUUACAGAGACAUGGGACGUAGUCUCUAGUCUUACGAACAUUUUAAGUGACUGCCAUUUUACAAGGAGUGUGGAAGCAUGCAGUCUUUAGUCUAAGGAAUGUUUUAAGUGACUGCCAUCUUACAAAGAGUGUGCAAGCAUGAAUGUGAAAGCACUGCAACAUCACUUUGACAAUAACUUAGCAAACAAUUCAUGUCAGCAUCACAGAAAAGUUAUAAAUCUGCAAAAAUUGGACAAAAAACGGCCGCUAAGUCAAUCUCUGUCUUGGAUUAGUCGGAUUAAACAGCGACUCUGGGGACGCGAGGGAAAUCCGACAGGAGGUCAGUCAGGCAGGCGGAGAUCUCCAGCAAAGGAGGAAGAAAAGGACCAAAAGUGUUCUACACUCCCGCGAAAUGUGCGGCUAGGAAUUGUUCAUGAAAACCCGCGAAUUCUCUCAGAUGGAGAGAGUGAAGAAAUCUCAGGAACGUCCAGCGAGGACUUUGUCUCACCGGUCAAAUUACGCAACCGACCGCGACGAACCAAUGAAUCACCGGGAGUAGAAGGUCGCCAUGACUACAUUUCUCCAGUUAAAUUACGCAACAGACCACGCCCCAGUACUAGCGACGAGGUGGCCAAACGCCUGUCCUUGCCGGCAGACAUGCGACUUCCUGGACAUUUUUUGGCUCGUCAGAGUCUCAGUCCCGAGAGCAUGCUCAGUAGGCGCUCACGGAGAAAAUCUCUGUCUGAAAUUGGUUUCGGGAAGAUAGAAUCGUAUACCAAGCUAGACAAACUGGGAGAGGGUACCUAUGCCACUGUGUUCAAAGGAAAAAGUCGGCUAACAGACAAUUUGGUUGCUCUAAAAGAAAUCCGCCUGGAGCAUGAAGAGGGCGCUCCCUGUACAGCCAUACGGGAAG